GUUAGUGUGAGCGAGGUAAAGGUUGGGUGUCUCGCGCCACCGGCCGUUGGGAGGGUGAGGCGGGGGCCCCUCCCCCCACAGCUCCGCUGUACCCCUCCCAUCAACCCUCCAUUGCGGCGAAGCGCGCGGGGAGGAAAAAAAAGGCUCAGCAGGUGAAAUCUGAUACAAUGGUGGGAGCUCAGCAACUAGAGAUGCAGGCAGCAGCAGUGCCAGCUGUGGCCCCGGCAGGCGGAGGCCCCAGCGGCGGCAGCAGCAGCAGCGAUCACCAGUACGAGUGCCUGGAAUGUGGCAAGGUGUUCAAGUGGUCGUCGCGGCUCAUCCACCAUCAGCGGACUCACACGGGCGAGCGCCCUUACAAGUGCUCCGAGUGCCCCAAGGCCUUCAAAGGCUCAUCGGCUUUGCUGUACCACCAGCGCGGACACACGGGCGAGCGCCCUUACAAGUGCGGCGAGUGCGGCAAGGCCUUCAAGCGGUCAUCCUUGCUUCAGAUCCACCAGAGUGUGCAUACUGGCUUGCGUGCCUUCAAGUGCGCUCAGUGCGGCCUGGCCUUCAAAUGGUCCUCCCAUUACCAGUACCACCUGCGCCAACACACUGGCGAGCGGCCCUACCCCUGUCCGGCAUGUGACAAGGCCUUCAAGAACUCCUCUAGCCUGCGGCGGCACCGCCACACACACACUGGCGAGCGCCCGUACGUCUGUCCCAUCUGUGGCAAAGCCUUCACUCAGUCCACCAACUUGCGGCAGCACCUGCGGGUGCACACGGGUGAGAGGCCGUACCACUGCCAGGACUGCGGCAAGGCCUUCACCCACUCCUCUAACCUGGCGCUGCACUGCCGAUCAGCACAUGCUGCCCACCCCGCGCACACCUGCGUUAUUUGCGGCAAGGCCUUUGCGUCCGACACCUAUCUGCAGCGGCACCUGGAGACACAUGCUGAGGUCGCCCCUCCGGCACAGCUCUUCCUCGAGGAACCAACCACCACUGUAGAGAUGCUGUUUCGGUGUAGCAUCUGCCACCUCACCUUCCCCCUGCAGGAGCAGCUGCUGAGCCACCAGGAAGCGCAUUUGGCCCCAGCGGAGCCCUUGCCGCUGCCCCCGCCCCCACCCCCAGUGCAGGAGGAGGCGGAGGCGGCGCCUGUAGCAUCCCCCGCGCCCUCGCUCGCUUGCCCACUGUGCGGGAAAACCUUCAAGAGUGCGACAGGUUUGGCCCGGCACCAGCAGAGCCAGCACUCGUCAGAUCGCACCUACACCUGCAUGGUGUGCGAGCGCUCUUUCCCAGCGCUGGCCAGCCUCUUGGGCCACCAGCGUUCACAUCCCCCAGCUGAGCAGCGGCUAGAGGAAGCUGAGGUGACGUGUCCAGCCCAGGCUGAGCCCGUGCCCACGGCCACAGUGACGCCGCCCCCGCCCCCCGAGCGCCCCUAUGUGUGUGGGGAGUGCGGGAAGGCAUUCAAGGGCUCGUCUGGGCUGCGCUACCACCUGCGUGACCACACGGGCGAGCGUCCCUACGUCUGUAUCGAAUGCGGAAAGGCCUUCAAACGCUCGUCCCUGCUGCGCAUCCACCAGCGGGUUCACACGGGGCUGUGUGCCUUCACCUGCCCCACCUGCGGGAUGGCGUUCAAGUGGGCCUCUCAUUACCAGUACCACUUACGGCAGCACACCGGCGAGCGCCCGUACGCCUGCCAGGAUUGCGGGAAAGCCUUCAAGAACACCUCGUGCCUUCGUCGGCACCAGCAGCUGCACACUGGCGAGCGCCCCUUUGCCUGCCAGACCUGCGGCAAGGCCUUCACCCAGACGUCCAACCUCCGUCAGCAUCAGCGGGUCCACACCGGUGAAAGGCCCUAUUGUUGCCGGGACUGUGGCAAGGCCUUCACCCACUCCUCCAACCUGGCACUGCACAGGCGCACCCAUUCGCGGGAACGCCCCUUCCAGUGCCCCGUGUGCUCCAAGGCCUUUGUCAUGGCGUCUUACCUGCAGCGCCACUUACGUACCCACAGCAGCCCGGAGGCGGCCAGUUGCCCGGCCGCUGCCUCACCUGCUGCCACCCAGGAGGUGCAAAUCAUACCCAACAUGCAGGCUACCCUGAACGUGGAGCUAAGCGGCAGCCCAGCCCCAGACGUUUCUCCCGACACCCAGACAUUUCUGCUGGUGCAGACGGCACAGGGCUUGCAGCUUAUCCCCAGUGUGCAACAGCAGCAGCCCCCGCCACCCCCACAGAAUUCACCUCCCAAGCUCAUCCUGCUGCCUGGUCCACAGGUGGUAUCUACUGCACCGCCUGCUGCGACCAGUUUCACCCUGUUGCCCAGCGCUCCCAGCGCCCCAAGCAAAUCUGUCCCAUUCCGACAAACUAAGGGAAAGAAGCCUGUGCCGCCGCUUCCUCUGCCACCACCGGUGUCUGGCAGCCAGAAUAUCAUCCUAAUGCCCAGCGCCACCGGGCCCAGCCUGCAGCCCCUCCAGAAUGUGCAGAUCCAGAGGACAGCAGGGCUGCAGACUGGCGGGCAGAAUGUCAUUGUCCUCCAGAGCAUGCCAGAACAGCAAGGAGGCACGGUGCAGAUCCAAACUGUGCCCGCUGCUCCAUCAGCAGGCGCCAUCCGGAUUCACAGCCUGCCCCAGCAGCUCCAGAGCCUUCCUGGCACCCAGCAAGGGGGCACUUUCCAAAUCCAGGCCCUGCCACAGUCUCAACAGGCUGGCAUUGUGCAGAUCCAAAGCCUGCCCAUGCCCCAGGGCACCGUCCAAAUCCAAAGCUUGCCUGCCUCCCAGCCGGCAGGCAGUGUGCAGAUCCAGAACCUUUCCGGUUGCACCCAGACUGGCACGUUGCAUUUCCAAACUCUUCAGCCUUCCCAGAAGCUGAACACUGUGCAAUUCCAGGCAGUUCCAUCGUCCCAGCAGGUGGGGACCCUGCAGCUCCAACCCCUUCAGCCUUCCCAGCAAGUGGGUCCUCUUCAGAUCCAGACCUUGCCCUCCCCGCAGCAGGCCAGCCCUCUGCAGAUCCGGAAUCUUUCCCCUUCGAACCAGACUAUGACCAGCGUUGAAAUCCAGGGUCUUUCCCCUUCCCAACAGCUAGAUGGCACCAUUCAGAUCCAGGGCCUGGUGUCUUCCCAGGAAGGGCAGCAGCUCCAGCCUUCAGAAGAGAUGGCUAGUGUCCAGCUUCAGACGCUGGGCCCCUCUCAGGAGAUCAGUGAGAUAGGAACUGCUCUGUCCAACUCCCAUGAGCUCUCUGAGGUAGACCUCCAAGAAGGAUCCAGCUUGGAGGAGGAAAGCCAGAACCUAAUUGUGGUGCAGAAUUCUCCAGGAGAGGAGCUUCUGGGGCCAGGAGGUGAGGUGGAGGGCCUCGAGGGGGUACAAGACAUGCACUUUGAGACUCUGCAGACUGAGGAAGGAGUUCAGAAUGUGUUGGUGCUGAGGGGUGCAGGUGGGGAGCAGACCCGGCUGUGUGUUCAGGAAGUGGAGAACAUCCAGACGGUGCAGGAACUACCUGGCCUCCAGCUGCAGGGUCCUGAGGGCAGCUCGGGGACUGGGCAGAACCUCUUGAUCAUCCGUAGUGCCCAGGGAGAACAGACCCUCCAAGUGUUGGAGAGUGUGCCGACGCUGCAGGUGAGCAGUCCGGACAGUACACAACCUGCCGUUGACAGCAACAGCGCCUCCCAAAUGGUGCAGCUUUUGCAAAACCCGGUCAUGUCCCAAGGCCUGCCAUCCAUUCAGAUUGUGCAAACGGUACCCAACAUGCAGUUGGUUCACACUUUCUGAAAGCGGCCGUCCCCACACACUCACAUUGGAGCAUCAGCAAAGACUUGGCGUGCUCUUACAAUGAAUGAGAUGGGGCCCCUACCUGGUGGCUGCUAUAAAUGAACACUUGCCGGACAGGGUAGUUCCUAUCUGGGUCACUACAAGACUCAUGGAUGGGGUUGUCAUCUCUCCAGGUGAACUCAGCUUGGGUUCCUCAGGACCAAUUCUUGGUGCGAGAGUACGGAGCUUGGUUCAGGCCCAUGCUUGCAGGUCCAAAGCAUGCCCUUAACACAACCCCCUCCCUGCUCACAUGUGGGUUGCUACUGCUGCUUCUGCCCCCGCAGCCACAAUGGCUCCUUUGCCAUCCCCCUCCACCUACCCACCAACACCUGUAUGCCCUGCAUUGCAUGAGAGAAAGGAGUAGCCAGUCCAGUCCUUUAUCCCAGAUCCAUCCCUGUUUCCCCACUAUGCUUGAAAUAUUUUGUUUUGGCAAGAACCAAAUGUUUGUGCAGCCUGAUGGUUACAAGACUGUGCAUGGUGGCCAGGACCUCUGUCUUUCUUCACCACAUUAGACAGGGAGUGUGAUUAGUGGGUGGCAACUGGAUGUCUGGCUUCUCUCCGUUUCUCUCCCAUGUUAUGGCAUUUGAUCAGAGUGUUGUCAAAUAGUGCAAGCUCCUUUUGUGUAAUAGAAAAUGGGGGAAGUUCAGUUUUUUGGUCUUCCGUUGGUUCUGGAUGCUGUGGGAGGCAGUCUUAUGAGCUGCCACAGACUGCAUCUCCCAGCCAAGGUGUCUUUUCCACUUAAGCCCUUCUCAUCUCCUGUUCCCAUUCCCACCCUUCCUUCACCAUGUGCAGAACCACAUUUCUUCCUGAGUGGCCCCCAGUACCUGGUGCUAAUGAACACAGACUCUUCUGGCCUAGAAGGAAAAUAAAAGACUGCUUUGAAGCACA